GUUAGAGGGAGAGAGUCAAAGUGAAAUAGCAAGAAAAGAGAAAGACAGUGAGUUUGUUUAUUUGCUGAGGCAGAAGUGAUCACUUCCUCACCAUGCUAGGAGUGAGCCUCUGUCUGUUCCUCCUGCCCCUCUGUGCCAUCUCGAUGCUCUCGGGGUGGGUGGAGUCUCCAGGCUAUCCCCGUGGUUACCCACCUGAUGCCAGUCUGAACUGGAGCAGGUGUGCCCCUCCCGGCCACACCCUCGCCCUCAGGCUGACACACCUGGACAUGGAGGACAGUGACGGCUGCGAGAACGACGCCCUGGAGAUCUUUGCAGAUGGAAAGCACAUAGCCCUUCAAUGUGGUGAAAUGUCGUUUGAGGACCUUGAUUCUACCGUCAAUCCCUCACUCCUUUCCUCCGUGGAGGGCUGCCUCUCUCUCUCGUUCCGCUCUGACUACUCCAACACCAAGAGACACACUGGCUUCAGAGGCUUUUACAUGCUGCAAGACUUUGAUGAGUGUGAGGAGGACCCAGAUAACGGAUGUACCCAGUUCUGCCACAACUACAUUGGAGGCUACCUCUGCUCCUGUCGCCUUGGUUACCACCUGGACACAGACGGACACACCUGCACAGUGAGUUGCACUGAGGACCUGUCCGGCUCGCUGCGUGGUGUGAUAUCCAGUCCGUCUCGGCCCGGCCCGUAUGCUGAGCAUGCCCACUGCUCCUACAUCCUGUCAGUAGAGGACAACCUGGAGCUGCUCCUACACUUCACUGGGGAGUUUGAUGUGGAGCAGGGGCCAGACGGACAGUGUGUGGACACACUCAUGGUUGAGACUUCCGCUGGGACUCAGGGGCCAUUCUGUGGCCGUGUGCCCCCCUCCCCUCCCCUCCGCACUGGGUCACACCACGCCCGCAUUCUCUUCAACUCUGACGGACAGGGCUCCAACAAUGGCUUCACUAUCCACUACAGAACCACAACAAAGACCUGCAGAGGGAUUGUGACCUCCAACUCCACCCUGGUCCCACAGCAACCUAAAUAUCACCAAGGUGACACAGUCACGGUGACCUGUGACCUUGGCAGUGUUCUGAACACAGGUGACAAAGAGUAUGAGUCGACAUGCCAGAGGACAGGCGAGUGGAGUCCUGUGUACCGCUGUGAACCUGUGGAUUGUGGAGAACCAGACACUUCUAGUGAUGAGGCCCUUCAACUGGUGGACAAGGAUCCAAGCACUCUGUUUCAUGACAAGGUCCAGUUCAAGUGUGAAUCCAAAUACUACACACUGGAGGGAGACGAGAAGUACAUCUGUGAUGCCAGUGGUACGUGGACAUCGGUCAAGGGCCAAGAAAAGUUACCAAAGUGCAUUGAAGUGUGUGGGAAGACAGAAACAGAUAUUUCCAGCUUUGGAAGAAUUUUGGGGGGCAGCCAGGCGAAGAUGGGAGAGAUACCCUGGCAGCUUCUCACUAAACAGCCCAAAAGAGGAGGAGCAUCCCUGAUCAAUGACCGGUGGGCCAUCACAGCAGCUCAUGUAGUGGAUGGCAACGAAGAAAGCAAGCUUACAUUUUUCGGGGGGCUGAUAGAUGGGACAAAAGCAAAAGAUACUGAUCCUAACGUGGUUAUCAUGGUAACGGAUAAGAUUAUCAUUCACCCUGACUACAUGAAGGGCAUAGCUGGUGAUGAACGCAUAAACUACGACAACGACAUAGCUCUCAUCAGAAUGUCUUCCAGGGUGAAGUUAGGGCCCAAUGUUCUCCCCAUAUGCCUGCCUGAGGCUGAUGGAGGAUUCAAAGAGCAUCAACAAGGCACUGUUUCAGGGUGGGGUGGGACAGAGAAUAAAAAUGAAACCAAAAUUUUGGAUAAAAGCAAAUUCUUGCUUCACACAUCUGUGGGAAGAUACCCCAAAAUUAUUUGUGAGGAUACACCUGUGUUGUCUAUUACCAAGCCAAUGGUUUUCACUGAGAACAUGUUCUGUGCAGGGGGUGAUGGGACAGAUAGCUGCAAGGGGGAUAGUGGGGGUCCAUUAUUUCUCCCUAUGCUGGGAUUAGGGAACAAGGACAACAGAGGGCCAUAUCGUCUGAGAGGCAUUGUGUCCUGGGGUUCCCUUUGUGAACUGGGAAAGGAUUCUAAAAAGGGUUACUACACCAAAGUGGAGAAUUACUUAGACUGGAUCAAGAAGACCAUAGAGAGAGAAGAGCAGGGGUGUAAUCAGGUUUUACACAGCAGGUUCCUUCACCAUAGUCUCUCCUGUCCAAUCACAGUCAUGGACUGGGUCUAUUCAACACUCUGGCUGCUGGGUGUGUCUGUGUGUGAGUUUUGGGUUCCAGUCUCUUCUGCAGUGAUUGGCUGUGGGGAACCUGAACCGUUGCUGAAUGGAAGGGUGGCAUUCAUAUUUGGCUCUCAGAACCAGCACCUCUCAGUCAUUCAGUACCACUGCAAUGAGCAGUUCUACAGUCUUCCUGAAGGACAUAACGGAAACUUCACAUGCUCAUCAGACGGACAGUGGAAAGACCGCCUGAACAGCUCACUGAUUCCUCAAUGUAUCCCAGUGUGUGGUCGUCCUACAGUGAACCUCCCAAGAUUUGGAAGGAUUUGGGGGGGAAAGCCAGCUCCAGCUGGAUCCUUCCCCUGGCAGGUGUUGCUGAUAGUAAAUGGUAGAGGAGGAGGGAUAGUGAUCGGGGACCGCUGGAUCAUGACUGCAGCACAUGUCCUGGAUCGAUAUCCCAUGCAGUUUCCUAUGGUAUAUGUUGGACACAACAAUGUGGAAAACCUCCUCCAGUCUCCUACUCUUGAGGUCGCCUCGGUCCAUAUUCACUCUGACUACAACAAUGUAGACGAUGUAAACUAUGACCAUGACAUCGCCCUGAUCCAUCUCAAACAUCCAAUCACAUUCAACGCUCAUAUCAUGCCACUGUGUCUGCCACCAAAGGACGCUAAAUACCCGACUUGGCGGAAUGGCUUAAUUUCAGGAUUUGGCCUGAAAGAGAAUGAAAUGUCUACCAAUAACCUCAUGUAUGUUCCUCUACCUGUGGUAAACCAGACAAUCUGUAGAAAUUCUAUUGACAGAGUGAGAAUGGAAAAAAAUAUCAGUCUAACAGACAACAUGUUCUGUGCUGGGAAUUCUGAGGGAGGCAAGGACUCCUGUAGAGGAGACAGUGGAGGAGCGUACGUCCUGAAGGAGGGUAAUUAUUUCUGGGCAGCAGGGAUCGUCAGCUGGGGGAUUAAAUGUGGAGAGCCUGGUAAAUAUGGGGUCUACACCCGUGUGGCUAACUACGUAGACUGGAUCAAGAAGACCAUAGAGGAGGAAGAGCAAAAAACAAUCUGUGGAAGACCCUUGGUGUCUUUAGAAAUACACCAGAGGAUUCUGGGAGGAGAGGUAGCUCCAAAAGGAACAUUUCCCUGGCAGAUGCUUCUCAGUGUGGAAGGAGGACGAUCAGGAGGGAUGGUCAUCGGGGACAGGUGGAUCUUGACUGCUGCUCAUGGCGUGGUGCAUCAACAUAACAACCAAGUCAUUAAGAAGAGUGAAGUUAUGGCAUACGUUGGCGACAACAAUGUGGAAAACCUCCUUCAGUCUCCACCUCUUGAAGUGGCCUCUCUCCAUCCUCACCCUGGGUACAACAACACAGACGGGUUAUCCUUCAACCACGACAUUGCCUUGAUCAAGCUCCAACACCCACUCACAUUCAGUAGUUCCAUCAUGCGAGUGUGUCUGCCUGAAAAGGGUGCUGAAUACUCCACUGGAAGAGUUGGCUGGGUUUCAGGUUUUGGUCUCAAAGAUGAUGAUGAAAUGCCCAGUAACCUCAGAUAUGUCCGGAUUCCCCUGGUGGACCAGGUGAAGUGCAGAAGCUCUAUUGAUGAGGCGAGGAAGAAGAAGAGAGAAGCCCCUGAUUUGACAGACGGCAUGUUCUGUGCCGGGUUACCAGAGGGUGGAAAGGACACCUGUGCAGGGGAUGGUGGAGGGCCGUAUGUCCUGAAGUAUGGGGGAGUUUUCUGGGCAGCAGGGAUCGCCAGCUGGGGAAUUGACUGUGGAGAGCCAGGCCAAUAUGGGGUCUACACCCGCGUAGCUAACUACGUAGACUGGAUCAAGAAGACCAUGGAGAAUUGAAAUUAUGGCUGAAAAAUUAUGCAAGAAAUGUUUGAGUUUGUUGAGGAUAGCAGCAAAUAUAAAAAAUAAACAUUAGAUAUGUUUUUUAUUGAAUUAAGGGUUUUCUGUAACUGGAGCAUAUUAAAUACAUUUUAAGUCUG